GAAAGAGAAGGAGCUUCUGGGUGAUUUGCCCAAAAGAGAUGAAAACCGCUGAAAAACUCUCUUUUUUCUUUUAGCUUUUCAAACUUUUACUGCGGCAUUGAAGCCUAAAGUAAAUUUGCACAUGCUCGCUGCGCCAAUUGGUUCUCUAAAACCAUGAGUGGCACACUUGAUCUUUACGAGCUGCUGGAGGGCAUGCAGCCAGAGCUGGAUGAAGGAGCGUCGUACAUCUUCCUUACCGUUCCGCAUGACUUGGCGAAACGCAACACCGCGUCUAUUGGGGAGAUCGUGGCAAACCACGCAAUCGCCACUUUCAAUGAGGAGGAGGGUCUUACCGUUGUCGUAAAGUCCACUUUUCUUCAAGAGCACGUCCUGCUCGCUCAAGAAGGAGGGAAGCUGCUCGGCGAGGAUUUGAAAUCCUUCUGGAAGGCAUUUGCAGAGAAGGAGGAACUGCCGCUCAUGGGCCACAUCACGAUGCGCAUCCAUUCCAGCCUGUCCGCAGUUGGCUUCACCGCUGCGUUCAGUCGCGCGCUGACAGAAACUGGAAUCAGUUGCAACGUGUUCGCAGGUUACUACCACGAUCAUCUCUUUGUUCCCGCCGCUGCCCAGUCCAAAGCCAUGACUGUACUCACCGCCUUAACAAAAAAGUCCAACAAGGCUCAAUAG